CCGCGGGCGCCGGGCAUCCGCCCGCGAGCAGCGCCGCUGCGGAGGGCGCGCCCCGCGCGGGUCUCGGCCCAGCAGCGCGCCCGGCCCGGCCCGGCCCGGCGCAUGGAGGCGGCGGCACGCCUGCGGGCGCGGACAGUGCCUGCUGAGGACCAGCCUGCGACUGAUGGAGAGGCCCUGGUGGGGAAGCUCUGAGCACUGCCGCUCCCAACAUCUCUGCCGUGCCUGCUGCUGAGGAGGCCUGUGCCCCUCCGGCCCUCACCAUUGCCCUUGCCUGCCGAUGGCUGCUGCUGCCAGGCCCGGGGCCAGCUCUGCUGUCUGAGCCCCCUGCCCUGCUCCAGGACUUGCCCUACCCUGAUGGGGUAACGUGACAGAGGCUUCGCACAUCAGAGGCCGUCUACCUGCCACAGCUGCUGCCUGUGACCCCUGCCCCAGGGCUGCCAGAGUUGGUUCAGUUUAUUUUUCCUUUCGUCCUCAGGAACUUGGGGUGAGGAAACGCUCCCCAGCUUUGAGCAAAAGGGACUGUGCACUGUCCACCGAUGCCGAGAGGGCAUCCCCAGUGACAGCACUGCACUGGACACUGCCCGGCGGCUCUGUUCACUUUGGGUUUUUAAGUUUUCUUUGCUGAGUUUUUUUUUUGGUUGUUGCUCUUUAUUUUAUUUUUUUUGCCCCCUUAUAAUUACCCAGCUCUGAGAGACAGGAGUUUGGAAUUGCUCAUUUAACUGUGGAGCUGUUUGUUCCUUUUCCUUUUUUGUUUUUUUUUGAGUGGUUUUCUUUUUUAAUUAUCCAAACAUUGGGCAGCUUCCUCUCCCACUCCCAAGGAUUUGCACAAUAUUUGUGCGGGGUGUGUGGACGAGGUUGUAAAAAAAUCUUUUGUCUUCGGACAAGCGCGGGGGUCUUGUUCAACUUGGUUUGUGUGGAUCUGUAUUCCUGGCCUCUCUGCAGCCCCUGGCUGGCCCACCCUCGGCCCGUCUGGAGGAGGCAUGGCACGUAUGAACCGGCCUGCCCCUGUGGAGGUGAGCUACAGGAACAUGCGUUUCCUCAUCACGCACAACCCCACCAAUGCCACCCUCAGCACCUUCAUCGAGGACCUGAAGAAGUAUGGAGCCACCACUGUGGUGCGUGUGUGUGAAGUGACCUAUGACAAGGCCCCACUGGAGAAGGAUGGCAUCACUGUUGUGCCUCCUGUGCAGGUUCUCAGCUGCUUCCCUCCACAGGACUGGCCCUUUGACGAUGGGGCACCCCCACCAGGCAAGGUAGUGGAGGACUGGCUGAGUCUGCUGAAGGCUAAGUUCUGCGAUGACCCGGGCAGCUGUGUUGCAGUGCACUGUGUGGCGGGCCUGGGACGGGCUCCGGUUCUCGUGGCACUGGCCCUCAUUGAGAGUGGGAUGAAGUAUGAAGACGCCAUCCAGUUCAUCCGGCAGAAGCGCCGUGGAGCCAUCAACAGUAAACAGCUCACCUACCUGGAAAAGUACCGGCCUAAGCAGAGACUGCGGUUCAAAGACCCGCACACUCACAAGACCAAAUGCUGCAUCAUGUAGCUCAGGACCCUGGCCAGGCCCCGCCCGCCAAGGGCUCCUGUCCUGGCCACUUCCCACCCGCCUUUUCUCCUGUGCCUCAGCGCACCUGUGUCCAAGGAGUCCGAUGGCCGCGUGCGCCCUUACUCUUGUCUCUUCCCGGUCUCACUGUGUCUGACCCUUGUGUGCCCCUCUGUGUCCAUGACUGUGUCUCUGAGACUAGUCUGCCCUCUGUCCGUGGACCUCCUGCCAGCACCCUCUGCACCCCUCUGCCCCCUGCUGCAGGUCUCUUCUCUGGCCUGUUUAUCACGGGGCAGGUAUGUUUUUUUAACCACUGGGCCCAGCCCUCCACGGCCCCUCACCCGACUUGUUCUGGCACCUUGUUAAUGGAUUUCGGAGCUGUCAUGCUCCAGACACUCGAAGGCAAUAAAACAGGAGCUGUGA